AUCUGGCGCAAACCUCUGCUGGCAGAAGUUUGCAACACGCACGCAGAUGUCAGUAGCGGAGUUUCUCAAUCUGUCACUUUAGCUAGGUGGAGUACAUUUGAUGGAGGAAGGAAAAAAUUGGACACAGCACACUCUGACUUUUUGACCACUGGUGUCAACCGACUUCCGAUGAAUGCUUCAGGCGAUAUCGUAUCUUUAUCACUUCUUAACCGUUACACUUGCUAGUCAUUCUGGUUUUAUUUGACAGCCGUGGAACUACACCCAUGAGCCCUUGUCAGAAGUUACCAUGCUAAACAACGUUAGCUGCUGCUGCUGCUACUUCUUCACGUAGCUAUGCUUUCUCAUCCCGACUCGAAGACUCCUAAAAAACGACCCGUCAUUUAACAGAAGCGACUAUUUAUUUGCACGAAUUGCAAACUGAACCUGGAUUUGUUGUGCUUCUUUUUUUCCCGUGUGUGAGUUUUCCGUUGUUUGAAAACGAAGCUAUCAAUCUGUCACAGCAAUGGGACUACACCCGCUGGAAUUUAGUGAGUGCUAUCUGGACAGCCCGAGCUUCAGGGACAAAAUAAAGUCACACGAAGCAGAGCUGGACAAAACUAACAGGUUUAUCAAAGAGCUGUACAAAGAUGGGAAGAACCUCAUCAAUGCAACCAAGCAGCUUGGGAUGGCACAGCGCAAGUUCGCCCAGUGCCUGGGAGAGUUUCAGUUUGAGUACAUUGGCGAUGCAAAGACCGAUGAUGAGAAAUGUAUCGAUGAGUCUUUGCAAGAGUUCUCAGCAUUCCUCAAAAACCUUGAAGACCAAAGAGAGCUGAUGAUGAGGAACAUCACAGAAACCUUAAUGAAACCUCUGGAGAAGUUCAGGAAAGAGCAGCUUGGUGCAUUAAGGGCGGAAAGAAAGAGAUAUGAAAAGGAAACAGAGAAAUACUACAGUUCUUUGGAAAAGCUUCUAAAUAUGUCAUCAAAGAAGAAAGAGCCGCAACUGCAAGAGGCAGACACGCAGGUGGAAAUCAUGAGGAGGCACUUUCAGGAGGAGUCACUGGACUACGUGUGCAAACUGCAGGAGAUCCAAGAGAGAAAGAAGUUUGAGUGUGUGGAACCGAUGCUGGCCUUCUUUCAGACAGUCUUCACCUUUUAUCACCAGGGCUUUGAGCUCGCCAAGGACUUUGACCAUUAUAAACGAGAGCUGCAGAUUAAUAUUCAAAAUACAAGGAAUCGAUUUGAGGGCACUCGGUCGGAAGUAAACGAGCUGAUGAAGAGGAUCAGAGAGGCACCGCAAGAGUACAGACAGACGAGUCCCAUCAGUUUUGAAGGCUACCUCUAUGUACAGGAAAAACGGCCACCUCCCUUUGGUUCAAGUUGGGUCAAGCGUUACUGCACAUUUGUUAAAGAGCAAAAGAUCCUGCACAUGGUGACUUUUGACCACCGAUCAGGAGGAAAGAUUGGGGAAACAGAGUCCAUCACACUCAAAUCCUGUGUCCGGAAAACGACAGAUGUGUUGGACCGGAGGUUCUGUUUAGAUCUCGAUAUAACAGAUCGGCCAGGAACGGUGCUUACAGUGCAGGCUCUGUCUGAGGAUGACCACAAGUUUUGGAUGCAAGCCAUGGGUGGGAAGGAGCCUGUCGGACAUUAUCUUAUGAGGACUUAUUCUAAAGAACGUGGAAUCGACGCUCAGUUGGAUGACGUUGGUUUCAGUUUUGUGAAGAAUUCCAUCAGUGCAAUAGAGAAAAGAGGCAUUAAUGACCAAGGCCUGUAUAGGGUUGUGGGGGUAAGCUCCAAGGUCCAGAAGCUCCUCUCAUUAAUGAUUGAUGAGAAGAGCGACGAAGUGGAUUUGUCAGCCAGCGAAGACUGGGAUGUUAAGACAAUAACAAGUGCACUGAAGCUUUAUCUGAGGAGCCUUCCUGAGCCGCUGAUGACCUAUGAACUUUACAAAGAGUUCAUUAGCCCCGCAAAGGGCGGUAGUCCCGAGUCUCGCAUCCAAGCCGUCCACUGCCUGGUCCACAAACUACCGGAGAGGAAUCGACAAGUCCUCGGGCUGCUUAUGAAGCAUCUGGCCAACGUGGCGGCACACAGCAAGCAGAAUCUGAUGACCAUGGCCAACCUGGGCGUGGUGUUCGGACCCACAUUAAUGAGGCCACAGGAGGAGACUGUCGCCGCCAUCAUGGACCUUAAGUUCCAAAACAUUGUGGUGGAAAUCCUCAUUGAACACCAUGAAAAGAUCUUUACAGAUGCUCCCGAGUCAUGCCCUCUCUCACCUGCUGCCCCAGUGCUCUGUGCUCCCACGAGGCAGUCCAAGAAAAUGAGUCGACAGAAUCGGCCUUUGGCUGUCUACAAUCCGCAAGCCCUUGACAUUCAGAAUGUGUCAACAGUGGGAGACGGUUCCAGCCCAGCUCCAGAUGAGACAUCAAUGGGCAGCAAUGAAUCUGUAUCAUCGCAGUCAUCAUCAGCCUCGGCCUCAGAGGUGAAUAUGGAGAAGAGUGACCACGCCCCUCUUAAUGCCAGCCUCUCCUCAGGAAGCAACUCCGGAUCUGCCACAGCAGCAGCCUCCUGCUCUGCUCCUGGAUCGUCAGGAGAGCGUCAAACUGUUGCUACCAAAGCUACUUCUGACAAAGAAAGGCAAGAGGAAAGUGUCACCAGCAGGAAAGCCAGGGCAGUGUACCCAUGUGAGGCUGAGCACGACUCUGAGCUCUCCUUCCACGUCGGCGACAUAUUCAACGGUGUGACCCAGUCGAGGGAGCCGGGCUGGCUGGAGGGGGAGCUGGAGGGGAAGAGGGGCCUCAUCCCUGAAAACUAUGUGGAGAUGCUGUAGAACCAAAAGGAAAUAUUUAUGGACAUUUCAUCACGUUCGCCGAGGGAACUAUGGGAAGAUGCACGUGCCUCGAUAGCCUCGUUCAAUCGAAGCCCUGAAUUUUCUCAAUCAGUAAUGACAACACCAUAUGAUGUUAUUGGUGCAUUUUUGUUUGUUUGUUUGUUGCUGGCAAGUAGACUUUACAAUGCAUUUGCAAGCAUGUUUAUGUGUUUGUUCAUUUUAGCCAAGUGUUCACCUGAUUUUUGACAAUUGUAAUUGCAAAAUGGGAUUGCACUUCCAGUGCUCUGCUGUAUAUGAAGAUGCUGUAGCCUCUAUCCAAGGAACUUAGCAGAACCAGAGGAGAAGCGUCUCUCUAAGCGCCCUCUGCCCUGUUAUACAUGGUAUCCAUGAGCUCAAAGUCAAAGGGUGAUCUUCAGAAACCACAAAGUAGAAUGUCAGCACUCAAAACCACUGUAACACUGACCCCCUCACAACCCGCCACAGCCCUUGACAUUGAUCCACGCAAAUUUGUUUGAGAUACCCUUUGUGCCUUCACAGUCAAAGCACCCGGUGUAAACAUGCGUACGGGUAUGUAUGAAAACGAUCGGGCGAACUUUUCAUUUAUACGCUUUUGCGAUGUUCUGUUCUUUUGAGAAUAGCUAGACAUGCAAAAGGAGGCACACUGCUGAUGUAAUUGUAUUUUGUGUAAUUGGCGCAUUGAUUGCACGUUUUGUUUUGUUCUUCUUUUUUUUUCUCAUUUUAAUUUACAGUGCCGUAUCGUUGCUGCCGCACUUUUUCAGAAACGCCUCUUAGCCACCCGAUGGAACCUGUUGGGUUAAACACUAACACCUGACAAUCAGCCGCAGUCGAUUUCGGCAGGUGAUCGAAACCAAGUGUUUUUCUUCUCAAAUCCUCCGUCUGGUUUGUUGUUUUUCGAGUUCAACGUUACUCAGGUUCUUCAGAGCAAAGGAAUGAGACACUCCCAGAAAGUCUGAAUUUUGACUUUUAUUAGUUCUUUAUUAACUUAUCGGAAAUGUGUGUUUUAUUGUGAGCGAGACCACGAAAUGCAGUACUUUGAAAUAUUUGUACCGUUUCGCAUCCAUCGAGUGUACAAAGCCCUAAAGAGUUACAACCAAGUAUAUUUACUGCGCUAAGUAAUGGAUGAGUUUUUUUAGGUUGUCAUUUAGAUUUGGUUUUAGCAUGUGCGCACACCAUAAUACAUUUUAUCCUUCAGCUGUUCAGCGAAACACUUUCAUUUGUCUGAGAGCUUCGGUUCAGCUGAUUGUUUGUGUUUGCAGCUGAGGUUACAAUAAUUUAAGACAAUGAUUUAUGACGUUUGUAAAGGUUCUUGGCUUUUCUCUCUCUCGUUUUUAAAAUUUACCUUUGGGUAACUUCUUGAUCAAUGUUAAACAAAUAAAGAUAUCUAUUUUUGUUCUUUCA